AUGUCGGCGCCAGCUCCGGCCGGGCCCCCUCCGCCGUCGCCGCCCCCCGGCCAACUCCACCGCCCCUGCUCCUGCUGCGCCUCCGCCGUCCUCGCCCCCUGCGCCUCCUCCGCCGGUGGCCGCCCCGCCUGCUCAGCCGCCCGCCUCGCCCCCGCCCCCCCCCCGCCCCGCCGCCGGCGCGCCGCCCGCUCCCCUGCUUCUCCGCCGCCUCCCCCGCCGGCUUCUCCUACAGAGGCCCCCCCGCCUCCCGCGACCGGCGGCUCUCCGCCUUCUCCUCCUCCUCCUCCGAGCAAAGCGGGCGGGUCGCCGCCCCCGCCCAGUACACCUGCAGCCUCUUCUCGACCGCCGCCGCCGCCGCCGCCCUCGUCGCCGAGCUCCUCGUCGACUGGUCUGGUGGUGGGGAUUGCCAUUGGCGGGGUGGUAGUGCUGGCGGUGUUGGUUGUGGUGGUCUUGUUUUGUAGUAAGAAGAGGAGGAGGAGAGACCCUCGUGCCGUUCCUUUCCCGCCAGAGCCUAAAGAUGACCCUCUUGGCGGUCCGCCACAACAUUGGCAACAGAAUGCACUGCCACCCACUACUCCACCUGCAUUUGACUCACGUCCACUGCAUUCGCCCGUAGGCAGCACAGUGCCACCGCCAUUCACGAGCAGCAGUGGAGGCUCAGGCUCCAAUUCAGGCCCUGAAAAUCCAUAUCCUUCUCCAUUGCCAGGCAUCGAAUUAAAUUUCUCCAAGAGCAAAUUCACGUAUGAGGAGUUAAGGAUGGCCACAAAUGGAUUCUCAGAUGCAAACCUUCUCGGACAGGGUGGUUUUGGUUACGUGCACAAGGGGGUCCUUCCAAAUGGGAAGGAAGUCGCAGUGAAGCAGCUUAAAGCUGGGGGCGGCCAAGGAGAGCGUGAGUUCCAGGCCGAGAUGGAAAUAAUCAGCCGAGUACAUCACAGGCACUUGGUCUCCUUGGUAGGGUACUGCAUAACGGGGUCUGAGAGACUGCUCGUUUACGAGUUUCUCCCGAACAACAGCUUGCACUUCCACUUGCAUGGAAAAGAUAGACCAACCAUGGAUUGGGCGACAAGACUGCGAAUCGCUUUAGGAUCUGCCAGGGGACUUGCCUAUCUUCACGAGGACUGUCAUCCUAGGAUCAUUCAUCGUGAUAUCAAGGCAGCUAACAUCUUGCUGGAUUUCAAAUUUGAGGCUAAGGUUGCUGAUUUUGGACUUGCGAAGUUCUCUUCAGAUGUCCACACUCACAUUUCUACAAGAGUGAUGGGAACAUUUGGCUACCUUGCUCCAGAAUAUGCAUCGAGUGGGAAACUCACAGAUAAAUCAGAUGUCUUCUCCUUUGGAGUAAUGCUUUUGGAGUUGAUCACAGGACGCAAACCAGUGGACACAACUACCAACUUGCACGAGAGCUUGGUUGACUGGGUGAGGCCCCUGUUGGCACGAGCUCUGGACGAUGAAAACUUCAACUCUUUGGUAGAUCCGAGGCUGCAAAAUAACUACAAUCACGAUGAGAUGGUUCGUAUGGUUUCUUGUGCAGCUGCUUGCAUACGUCAUUCAGCACGCCGUCGACCAAGAAUGAGCCAGAUUGUCCGUUCUUUAGAAGGCGAGAUGUCCUUAUCAGAUAUUGAUGAGGGGGUCAGGCCUGGGCACAGCACCGUGCAUGCAAAUUCGGAAGAAUUGAGAAAGAUCAGAAAAAUGGCAUUCGGGAACCAAGAUUACUCGAGCAGUGAAUAUGGUGAAUCAACAGGCGAAUCCGGCACUUACCGAUCUGGCUCGAGUGGGGAUGCCCACUCCUCCAGAGAGAUGGAGACUCGGAGGAUGAUGCGAAAUACCCAAGGUUUCAAAGGAGGCUCUUGACUAUAAUUUACACUCUGCCAUAAGCUUUGCACACUUCAUCUCUUGGGGGCGCUGACUCAUGCUGGAUCGCGAGCAAGAGGCAUGUGACGAAGCUGGCAAAGACGCCUCUCUUCCACAGGCUAACAUGAUUCUUUUCUCCUUGUGCUUCCGAAUUGUCAUUUUGGUUUUUCGACUUGUAACUGAGGGUAACCGUACAGAAAAGUGACAGCCGGAGCUCAGCCGAUUCUUUAAGCAGUUUUCUGCACUAAUUGUUUUGUAAAAUAUGUCCAACCUCUAUACACAAAGUUCUCAGUUCUGGUUGACUUGCAUGUGAACUGACAGUUUGACUAGCUUUUUUAGUAGAGAGAGAGAGAGAGAGAGAGAGAAGCAUUAAUCAGCAGAUUCAGGCGACUUCCAUUGUUAGACUCUGCAAUUUACAGAUAUAGUGAAGACCUUUAGGGAC